AUGAGGAUCCUCAAAGCGCGCUCGGCGCUGCUGAGCGACUUUGAAGUGCUGAAGGUGCUCAAGGAGAUGGAGUCGGAGCAAAAGACUCGAGGGUCCGUUGCGCCGCAGAUCACCCAGAUCGACGAGGACGAUGAGGAUGCACUACGGAAUGCUACGGCUUCCCAAGGCGAGGAGGACGACGUCUGGCUGUCCAAAGUGCCGGAGAACCUGCGCACGAUUCAGUACGAGACCAUCUCUGCGCUCAGCGAGCCCACAAAACCCUGCGCACAUCAAGAGGCCGACAACAUCGCCGCUUUCCUUGACGAACUCAAGGCUCGCGGCUACUCGAUCAACGACUCAGAAGCAAGACGAGGUGCCCUUGGCCUGAACCGAUCCGAAAGACUCCAGAUUGUCAAUCAUGCUCCUCAAAGCAUUGUCGAGCUGCACACGCUCGUCGAAGAGCUGGAAGAACGUUUCCACCCGCAUCAGAUCGAAGAACUCAUCUCGCUAGUGCAGACCUACUUGCCGAUUUAUCCGACGACCGAGGUCAACGCGUACGCUGCAGAAGGAGCACAGGACAAUCCAGCAGCGAUUGUUGAUGCAACGCACGACUCAAAUCCGGAGCAUCCAGCGCAAAUCAGUGAAUUCACCGGCCAGGUAGCUGCAGCAGCCGAUUUGGGUGGCUCGAAGGAAGGUGGAUUGGCACAGGUCCCCCAACCUGAUCCCGAACGACAAGUGGCAGAUCUGGCUUACGAAGAGGAUCCUGACGUGGAAAUGGAUGAGGACGACUUUGUCCACGAAGGCCUUGGCGGAAUGGGAGUUGAGGAAGCGGAUCCCGACGACUAG